UGAUAAGUGUGUGCAGCCCCUGACUAUAUCCUGAGGGACAAUAAUGAGGCUGAAGGACGCCAGCUAGAACCAGGUCCUAACUACAAUCCACAGCAUCUGACUCACCGGGCACCCACUUCCUCCAUGAAGGCUCCCACUCCCUACUGGUUCCCCAACUGUUGGAACAGUGUCACCAUUUGAAAACUAUUGAUUCAGACAAGUGAGCCUGUGGGUUCACACUGUAGCAAGGGACACAAUGUAAUCUACUGAAGACCUCCAUGCAACCAGAAGGCGGAGCAUGGACCGUUUGCUACCUUGCUGUCCCAUUGAACUGCACAUCGGUCUUCUACCUUUGUGGAUGAAGAUGCGCAUUACAUCACCAGCUCUCCUGGUGUUCAGCAGAAAUACUUGGUGGUUACUUGCAACUAUGAAGCCAGGAAACUUGGAGUUAAGAAGCUUAUGAGUGUCAGAGAUGCAAAAGAAAAAUGUCCCCAGCUGGUCCUCGUGAAUGGAGAAGAUUUGAGCCGCUACAGAGAGAUGUCAUAUAAGGUCACAGAGUUGUUGGAGGAAUUUAGUCCACUUGUUGAGAGACUUGGAUUUGAUGAAAAUUUUGUGGACCUAACAGAAAUGGUUGAGAAAAGACUCCAGCAGCUUCCAAGAGAUGAGAUUCUGUCAGUGACUGUGUCGGGCCAUGUUUACAAUAACCAGGCUGUAAACCUGCACAACGUCACCCACGUGAGACUGGCGGUGGGAUCGCAGAUUGCGGCAGAGAUGCGCGAAGCCAUGUAUAGCCAGCUGGAGCUCACCGGCUGCGCUGGAGUGGCUCCCAAUAAGCUACUGGCCAAGCUAGUUUCUGGUGUCUUUAAACCAAAUCAGCAAACAGUCUUAUUGCCUGAAAGCUGUCAAGAUCUCAUUCACAGUUUGAACCACAUAAAGGAAAUCCCCGGUAUUGGCUAUAAAACCGCCAAACGUCUUGAAGUGUUGGGAAUCAAUUGUGUGCUCGAUCUCCAGACCUUUUCAAUCAAAACGUUAGAGAAGGAAUUAGGAAUCUCAGCUGCUCAGCGUAUCCAGAAGCUCAGUUUUGGAGAGGACAGUUCCCCUGUCACACCCUCAGGUCCGCCUCAGUCCUUUAGUGAAGAAGAUACAUUUAAAAAGUGUUCUUCAGAAGCUGAAGCUAAAACUAAGAUUGAAGAACUACUUUCCAGCCUUUUGAACAGAGUGUGCCAUGAUGGAAGGAAGCCCCAUACAAUAAGAUUAGUCAUCCGUCGGUAUUCUCCGAAACAUUGUCACCGUGAGAGUCGUCAGUGCCCGAUUCCAUCCCAUGUCAUUCAGAAGCUGGGGACAGAAAAUUAUGAUGCGGUGACUCCUCUGGUUGACAUCCUUAUGAAACUUUUCCGAAAUAUGGUGAACGUGAAGCUGCCAUUUCACCUGACUCUUCUCAGUGUGUGCUUCUGCAACCUGAAAGCACUGAGCACAGCUAAGAAGGGGCCCAUGGAUUUCUAUUUAACAUCGUCCCUGUCAACCACGGCCCACUCUGGCAAGCGCAGUUUUAAAGCGAAAGACACCCACAACGACGACGUUUACAAGGAAAAAGAAGCAAAUUGGGAGCGUCUACCAAGUAGAAGAAUUGAGAGUUCAAGAACCGGGGAGUCUCCGUCAGAUGCUCCAUGUGCUUCUAAAGACUUUCCCCUCCCGGCACUUCCUGAGGGUGUUGACCAUGAAGUCUUUAAGCAACUUCCAGCAGACAUUCAAGAAGAAAUCCUCUCUGUGAAAUCUGGAGAAAAUCUUCAAGGGAAAGGAAGUUUAAGCUGUCCACUGCAUGCCUCGAGAGGAGUACUAUCUUUCUUUUCUUCAAAGCAAAUGCAAGCUGGUUCCUUAAGCCCCAGAGAUACUAUGUUCACUGGCAAGCAGGUAUCAGCUGUGUCUCCCUGUGAGCCAGGAACGUCAGGCUCGAGUACCAGCGCCUCCCACCCACCCUGCGGAAAGGAUUGUUCCUAUUACAUAGAUAAUCGGUUAAAAGAUGAACGCAUGAGCCAAGGACCUAGAGAGUCUCAAGGCUUCCACUUUUCCAAUACAAAUCCCGCUGUUUCAGUUUUUCAUUCAUUUCCAAAUUUGCAGAGUGAACAACUUUUCUCCAAACACCGCCUGACAGACAGCCCCCGGCAGACAGUUGCCACCACCUCUCAUCAAGGACUAGGAGAGAACAGAGAGCAAGAUUCCGCUGAUGACAAAAUGUCUUUCCCGCCUGACAUUGAUCCUCAAGUUUUCUAUGAGCUACCAGAAGAGGUCCAAAGGGAACUGAUGGCGGAGUGGAAGACAGCAGGAGCCGAUUUCCAGUCUGUACACAAAUAAGCGUGCUCAGGGAAAGGCCCAGGAAGCAAGGAGUCAUCUUCUCAGAUUAGCUUUCCGUGAGCUCUUCUUAAUUAACACUAAUGUUCAAUGAUGCAGAGAUCCUAGUGUGAGAUGUUCCAGAUAAAGCAAGAAUGGAUGCAGGAAAUAAAUUCUAGUAUAAAGGGAAAAAAUAGCCAUAGUGUGAUAAAAAUGCUAUCUUCCUGUUAUUUCUACAGCUGUUUUAUACCAUUUUCAAAUAAAAGGAAUAUCAUGGUCAACAGUAGACAAUUACCAUUGGUUGUGGGACAGGUAUUUUAUGCCUGCAAGCAAACUAUGGGCUCAUCACAGCAUCUCAAUGCUGUAGGAAAGAACAGGAUUUGGUUUUUUGCUUUUUGUUUUGUGUGUGUAUUAACUGUGCUGGGUCUCAAAGUCAGUCCAUAACAUCCAAAUAGGAAAUAAUUGUGUCAGUUUCAAAAGGCAAAUAUCUUUGGCCAGAUUACUACAUACAAUUUUAAAAGUUGGCUUGAUUUUUGAUUUUGAAAUACUGUCCUACUGUAUAACACAGGCCAGCUUCAAUUUUGUGAUUCUUCUGCCUCAGGCCCUGAAUUUUGAGACUACAUCAGUGUGCACAAAUCAGCUGUUGAAGAAUUUACUUUGUGUGUUCA